AUGAUGGGUUUCCUGUACCUCUUGGGGCUCUUCCUGGCAGCCCCCUCAUGCCUCCAUGCCCGCUCUGCCCUGCGCUUCAUCGCCGUGGGAGACUGGGGCGGGAAGCCCCUCUCUCCCUUCUACACAGACCGGGAGGUCGCCGUCGCGGAGGAGAUGGCGGCCACCGUGUCGGCCUUGGGGGCUGACUUCAUCUUGUCCCUCGGAGACAACUUCUACUACACCGGGGUGAACGACCUGUAUGACAAACGGUUCCAGGAGACCUUCGAGACCGUCUUCCAGGCCCCCGUGUUACGCAACGUGCCUUGGUAUGUCCUCGCGGGAAACCACGACCAUCUGGGGAACGUCUCUGCCCAGAUUGCCUACAGCAAGAUCUCGAAGCGUUGGCGUUUCCCCAAAUACUACUACAAGCUGAGGUUCAAGGUGCCGGGCAGCAACGCGACCGUCGCCAUCCUCAUGAUCGACACGGUGACGAUCUGCGGCAAUUCUGACGACUUCCACACCGAGCAGCCGCUGGGUCCCCGGGACUGGGGGCUGGCCCGGAGCCAGCUGUCCUGGCUGCGCAAACAGAUGGCCAAGUCCAAGGACGAUUACCUGCUGGUCGCCGGGCACUACCCAGUGUGGUCCGUGGGGAGACACGGACCCACCACGUGCCUGGUCAAGCUCCUCCAGCCCCUGUUGCAGCAACACAAGGCCACAGCCUACUUGUGCGGCCACGACCACAACCUGCAGUACUUGGAGGACAAAGCUGGUGUGGGCUACCUGCUGAGCGGAGCAGGCAAUUUCAUGGACAACUCCACCAAACACCUCCCUUCGGUCCCUGCCGGUUACCUGCGUUUCUUCUACGGCCAGACCUCUUCUCUGGGGGGAUUUGCCUACAUUACGAUUGACGGUAAAGAGAUGAGCGUCACCUACCUCGACAGCAAGCGCAGGUCGCUCUACAAGACCUCAUUGCCCCGAAGGAGAAUUCGCUGA